AUUCGCCAAUGGCUCGGCGCAUGUCGAUUUCCUCCAAUUCUUCCUCAUUUUCUGCCACCCGCCUUAUCCCUCCCUUCCUCCCUCCGUCUCUCUGUUCCACUUGACACUUCGAUUUGACGCUUUGGACACCCAUCCCAUCUUUCUCUCUGGCUUCUCCCUCCCUUGCAUUUCGGGGCAUCAACACACAAAAAAGAAAAAAAAAAUCUUUCCACUUCCAAAUGGAAGCCUCUGCCAACGAACGUCCUGAUUUUGGCAAGAUGGGCUAUGGGUGCAAACAUUAUAAACGAAGAUGCAAGAUCAGAGCUCCUUGCUGCAACGAGGUCUUCGAUUGCCGCCAUUGCCACAAUGAAGCUACGAACUUGUUGAGCAACCACUUUGAUAGACAUGAGCUCGUUCGGUUUGAGGUCAAGCAAGUUAUUUGCUCAGUUUGUGACACGGAGCAGCCAGUUGCUCGAGUCUGUACGAAUUGUGGAGUCAAUAUGGGAGAAUACUUCUGUGAAGUGUGCAAAUUCUACGAUGACGAUAUUGACAAAGGGCAGUUUCAUUGCAGUGAUUGUGGCAUCUGCAGGGUUGGUGGCCGCGAGAAUUAUUUUCACUGCAAGAAGUGCGGUUCAUGCUAUGCGUUAGGUCUUCGCAAUAAUCACACGUGUGUAGAAAACUCCAUGAGGCACCACUGCCCCAUAUGUUAUGAGUAUCUCUUCGACUCCCUGAAAGAGACGGCGGUUAUGAAAUGUGGGCAUACAAUGCAUUAUGAAUGUUAUUACGAGAUGAUAAAGCGUGAAAAAUAUUGCUGUCCCAUAUGCUCCAAGUCAGUUACUGACAUGUCUAGAACCUGGAAGAGAAUAGAUCAGGAGAUUGAAGCAACCAUCAUGCCUGAAGAUUACCGGCACAGAAAGGUUUGGAUCUUAUGUAAUGACUGCAAUGACACCACCGAAGUUUUCUUCCACAUAAUUGGGCAGAAAUGCAGUCACUGCAAUUCAUACAAUACCAGGACGAUUGCGCCUCCAGUUCUUCCCCAAUGACAAAGCUUCUGAUGCAAUUAAUGUUCCUAACCGCCGCUUCUUCAACCAGUUUCUUGUUUCCAUUCUUUAUACGCGAAUCCAUCAUUUGCCAGCCAUUCUGCUUCCAAUUCUUUGGAGUUCAUAUAUACCCAUCUGAUUGAAUAUGGCAUGGCUGCCUGUACACUGAUCAUACGCCAAUAUCAAAGUUCGAGUUGUAUAUGUUUCUAUUGAGCUUACUUGGAACAGUAAUCUUAUCAGAUAAUUAAGGUAGUGUUGAUGCCUUGAAAUUGAAAGAACAUAUUCAAUCACCCUUUGUUCGUGAUGUGUAGCAAUCUAUAGUCACGUGGUUCCAAAUUUAUGAUCGUAUGCUGCACUCAAAGCAGCUGGGGAUAAA